CAGCCCAUGACCAGGCAUCGAGAUUCCACAUGCGCCCCACCCCUCCCCGCCGGCCAGCAGGUUGCCGGGCUGGAGCAGCUGAGCGGGUGGGCUCCUUCCUUCUCACUGCCCGACACCCAAUCAGAGAGAACCCUAUCCGGGAGGGCAGGGUGCCAGGGGCCGGGCCCAGAAUAGUGCUGCCCAGAUACAGUGCUGCGCACUCGCUCAUGGAGCCCGCUGGAGCUGGAGACCGCGCUGCGCAGGGUACCGGGACCCCCUCCUGGAGCAGCCUCGUGGGACCUGAGCAUCAAGAGAUGAGCUUCCUAGAGCAAGGAGAUAGCACUUCAUGGCCGUCACCAGCCAUGACCACCAGCUCAGAAAGAAGCCAUGGGGAACAGGGGACCAAGGCCUCGAGAUGGACAAGGCAGGAGGAUGUAGAGGAAGGGGAGCCGCCAGACCUGGGGGAAGGUCUCCAGUCCAGGCCAGCUGCUGAGUCCACCGGGCUGGAGGCCACAUUCCCCAAGGCCACACCCUGGACCCAAGCUGCUCCCUUGGCUGGGGUGGACUCCCCCACAGCAGAGCGGGACAUCCUCCCUGCUGACUGUGCAGCCUCAGCCUCCGGCUCCAGCGCAGACGAUCUGGAUCUGGGCAUAGAGUUCUCAGCCACAGCAGCCUGGGGCAAUGAGCUCGGCCUGGUGGAAGAGAGGCCGGCCCCAUGCCCGUCCCCGCAGGCACUGUUACCCAGGCUGGGCUGGGACGAUGAGCUGCGGAAGCCAGGGGCUCAGGUCUACAUGCACUUCAUGCAGGAGCACACCUGCUACGAUGCCAUGGCAACCAGCUCCAAGCUGGUCAUCUUCGACACCAUGCUGCAGAUCAAGAAGGCCUUCUUCGCCCUGGUGGCCAAUGGCGUCCGGGCAGCACCUCUGUGGGACAGCAAGAAGCAGAGCUUUGUGGGGAUGCUGACCAUCACAGACUUCAUCUUGGUGCUGCACCGCUAUUACAGGUCCCCCCUGGUCCAGAUCUAUGAGAUUGAAGAUCAUAAGAUUGAGACCUGGAGGGAGAUCUACCUUCAAGGCUGCUUCAAGCCUCUGGUCUCCAUCUCUCCCAGUGACAGCCUGUUCGAAGCCGUCUAUACCCUCAUCAAGAACCGGAUCCACCGCCUGCCGGUCCUGGACCCAGUCUCAGGCGCUGUGCUCCACAUCCUCACACACAAGCGGCUGCUCAAGUUCCUGCACAUCUUUGGAACCCUGCUGCCCGGGCCCUCUUUCCUCUCCCGCACCAUCCAAGAUGUGGGCAUUGGCACGUUCCGAGACUUGGCCAUGGUGCUAGAAACGGCACCCAUCCUGACCGCACUGGACAUCUUUGUGGACAGGCGCGUGUCUGCACUGCCUGUGGUCAACGAAGCUGGACAGGUCGUGGGCCUCUACUCCCGCUUUGAUGUGAUUCACCUGGCAGCCCAACAAACAUACAACGACCUGGAUGUGAGUGUGGGAGAAGCACUGAAGCAGAGGACACUGUGUCUGGAGGAAGUCAUUUCCUGCCAGCCCCACGAGACCUUGGGGGAAGUCAUUGACCGGAUUGUCCGGGAGCAGGUGCACCGGCUGGUGCUCGUGGAUGAGACCCAGCACCUCCUGGGUGUGGUGUCCCUCUCCGACAUCCUUCAGGCUCUGGUGCUGAGCCCUGCUGGCAUCGACCCCUUGGGGCCUGAGAACAUCAGAGUCUUCACUCUUAGGCCACCUUCCACACCCGGAAGCCAGCGAAGGGAGCCGGGGACUCGGCGUUCACCUUCCCCCACCCCCCAUUUGCUGGUUCAGCUCUUGUUCAGGCUUCUCCAGCCCUCCCCGAUUGCCCCUGCCCUGCCUGUGCUCCCAGAAGCCCUCGGGAAUGCCUGGUCCACCAUGGAAUGAUGAAAUUAAGAACAGCUGAGUCAAGCCUGGAGCUCUCUGAACCAGAGGCACUAGGAUUACCCCAGGGCUGACUGAUUUGUGCCACCCACACUGCUCUCCCCCUACCUGGCCCCGGUGGGGUGGGGAGCCCUCAGUCCAUGGGUUCAGGAAGGGGUUCUGGAUUCCUCGGCUUCUGGACUACCUGGCACCCGUGCCCCCAGCUCCUGGGAGUCCCAGCUGUGCUUCCCCCAUGGAAACUGCCCUAGUGGUUCCUCACAACUUUGCCACUGCCCUCCUGCUCCCCCAGCAUUGCAUUUCAGGGCUGCCUGUGGGUCCUCACAGAGCAGCAGUUUUGUAGAGCUGCCUGUUGGAGUGGGGUCCCCCCUCCUUUCUCAUCCUUAGCUCUCACCAGCAAGCAGUGUUCUCAGUCCCCAGGGAGGGCCUGUGUUUGGAUCACUGAGGAUGAACCGUCGAGAAAACAAAAAGAAAAAGAACAGCCCAUGAACUUAGAUUUUAUAACUUUCACUCAGAAAAUGCUAUGGUCAUUUGAUCUGAACCUGCGGCAAGAUCCCUGUCCUUUCUGAAUUCAGUGACACCCGAAGGAAAAUCUGUAAUUGACAAACGCUGCAAGUGGCGUUUCUUUUGCUUGUGGAGUGUUAUUCCACCGAAAUUUCUUUUUCAUCUUUUAUUUACAGCAAAACUCGAAAGAAAAUGUUAGUUACUUACAUAGUGGGUACAACUCAGUCCACAAACUCUAAUCUGUAAGAAACGUAACUUAAUUUUUCUAACACUAAAUGUAAUUUCUAUUAUGAACUCCAUUUUACCAGGUUGCAGAAAUUAGUCUCAGCCAAUUUGGGGUUCCCCUCCCACCUUUUCUUGCAGUUAAGUUCGGUGACGGGGGGAGGCUUUAAGUGGUGUAAGACUUUGUUCCUCAGCCAUCAUCAUCCACCCGUGCCAGCACCUGCUGAAACAUCCCCAUUCCCAUGUGGUGGUCACUUGGUUGGUCACCGGUGGGCAUGGCCCCUUCUAGGUGCUCCCUCACUCCCUACCACGAAGCCUCUUUGAGCCUGCCUGCUCCUGGGGCAUAGGGACAUUCUAGCUCCUGGCCCUGCACCCCUCUGGACUUUAGGAAGCUCUGUGGGGCUAUCCCAAGCCCAUCUGCUGAGACAAGACAGCAAGUGGUCUGGUCUACCCUGUGUUUUGCUGUUUUCCCAGCCUUUACACAGGAAACAUGGGGCCCAGGGCUCUUCUACCCUUAUCAUCUCCAAACCUUUCUAGGGUAUUUGUCAUACUCCCCUCUCACUUCAGACACAGCUCCCUUGUCAGGACCCUUUUCUCGGGGCCCCCCCAAAUGUCUACAGUCUCUUUGCUUCCCCAAUACCCAGCAGCCUGUGGAAUCUUUACGCAGUAGGGAAAGAGGGGACCUUUUUCUCUAACCCAUCAUAUAGUCUUCCAAAUCCAUUGUCCACGUCUUGAGUUCUUGCUACCUACCCUGUUGAGUCAGGCUUUUGAAAUUCCAAAGCCAAGACUGGGCUUCUGCUGUGUCACCCCUCCCCUGUGAUAAUGGACACUGCAGAUCUGCUGUUCAAGGGGGAGAGGGUAGGUUAAUAUUUCUAAAAUGUGAUCUACCCCGUUUACCUCACAGACCAACAGAGUGGGGCCAUCUGUGCUUGAUGAGUCAGGCAGUAAGUGAAGGCAUUUUCUCACAGGCACUCAACUUCUGUUUCCAGUUGUGCCGUAACCAAUAGGUCAGUGCUGGCUCUGCUCUGGCCCUACCUGGGAAGGUCCUGGGUUCAAGUGGGAGGAUGGGAUGGGGGUGCCCUCAGGACUGUCUCAAGUAUAGUGUCCUUGGGGAGCCUGGGGUGGGCUGUCUCCACUGGCUCUAAGCAAAGUGUAGCAGGGUGUCUUCGAGGCGGUGUCCCAGGUGGCUCUUUGUGUGAACGGUAGUUCAGCUGUCACAGCACAGGCUGUGGGUGGAAAGGGCAGCCUGAGGAAAGCACUCUUUCCCCUGCUGCUCCCCUUGAAAACAGGUAAGUUUCCACCCUCCUGAACAACCCCCCCAUCCAGAGGACCCAGCAGUUUGCCCCCUCAGGCCCUUCUGUGAGGGACUGUACUACCCUCCUGCCUCAGACGCCCUGCUCUGACCACAGCCCAGCCCUCAGCUCCUGCCCAGCCCUCCCGCCAUGGCUGCUGGAAGAGAGGCCAAGAGUUGCCAUGGGAACUGCAACCACUCCUACCCAAGCGCAGAAUGAAAGAGUGAAACCCCGCCCUGCUGUCCUGUCUGCUCAUGUGCGUCAACCUGUUCUGAUCAAGUUCUCCCGGCAUCAUUUGUCCAACUCCUCCCCUGGCCUCCGGGGCCCCUCCGAGGUUCUGUGGCCUUCGGGCUAGAUUUCCAUAGCCUCCUUAGCAUCACGCGUCUCUCCUCUCCCUACCCUCUCAGUAGUUCUCAACCCUGGAUGUGCAACAGGAUCACCUGGGAAGCUUUAUAAAAUGCAAAUUCCAGGGCCUCCAUUCCUAGAAAUACUAGUUUCCUGACUUGGGCAUGGGACCUGGGCAACUGUAUUUAUUUUCUGUAGAAACUAGAGAUUUACAAUUACUAACACGUGAUGAGCAUGACGGCAUGCUGAGAAAUAAGAAUGCCUCGUUCUCAUGAUUAGUAAAAUCAUUUGUCACA